AUGAAGGCUUUAAUUAUGGUAGAUAUGUUAAACGAUUUUGUUGAUGGUGCCAUUGCAAAUCAAGAAAAUGCAAAUAAAAUCAUUCCAAAAAUUCAACAAUUACUCGAACAUGCAAGAAAUAAUCCAGAUUGGUUAAUUGUAUAUGCCAACGAUUUACAUACAGAAAAAGAUAGAGAAAUGGAAGUAUGGGGACCACAUGCCAUGGAAGGUACCAAAGGUGCUGAAGUUAUCGAAGCUUUAAAACCAACUGGUCUCAACAGAGAAAUUAUUUCACCAAAAAAAUUUUAUGGUGCUUUCGACCAAACCAAUCUCGACGAAGAAUUGAAAAAAUUUGAUAAAGUUGACGAAGUUGUAAUCACUGGCCAACACACAAACUGUUGUAUUAGACAUACCUCAUACAACUCAUUCAUGCGUAAUUACAUUAUCACUGUCCCAUCAGAUUGUGUUUGUCUUUACAAGGGUACCGAAGCUGAUAAUACCGAAGCUCUCAAAUACUUAAAAGAUAUUUAUGGUGCCAGAAUUACCACUUCCGAAGAAAUUUUAAAAUCAAACUAG